UUCAGACAUUUGUUGGUGGUUGUAGAGGACAUCGUUAGGGGCUGCUUAUUUUCAUGCUCGGUGUUGUUGUUUAUCAUACUCUCGUAGAAGAAAGGAUAAGUGAUUCUUUUUGGUUUCUUUGGCCCUUCCUCCCCCCGCCCCCCAAUGAGGCCAAAUGAGGCUGUGGAGGUGCCCGCCUUGGCGGUGCGCCUGGAGGAGCUGAAGCGGCGGGCAGCCGAGUGCAUCGAGGCGUCGUCGGAGCGCCUGGGAGAGCUGAGCCGGGAGAUCUGGAGCCGGCCGGAACUCGCCUACGAGGAGCACCAGGCACACGGCGCCAUGACGCGCUUCUUCGCCAGCCGCCCCUCGCCGACCUCCGCCGCCGCCGCUUGGUCGGUGCAGCGCAACUACAAGCUGGAGACGGCCUUCCGGGCGGACUGGCAGUGGGACGGGGGCCCCGGCGAGGCGGGCCAGGCGCUGCCGCUCCGCCUGGGCUUCCUGUGCGAGUACGACGCCCUGCCCGGCAUCGGCCACGCUUGCGGCCACAACCUCAUCGCCGAAGUGGGCGCCGGCGCAGCGCUGGGCCUGAAGGGCGCCCUGGAGAGCCUUCGCCACGGCCCCGCCAACGCCGCAGGGCUCCCCCGCCAGGCCCCCGCCGUCAAGGUCACGGUGUUGGGCACUCCCGCUGAGGAAGAUGGAGGAGGCAAAAUAGACUUAAUUAAAGCUGGGGCUUUUGAUGGUCUAGAUGUUGUGUUCAUGGCUCAUCCCUCCCAAGAAGAUGCAGCGUAUUUGCCUGAUGUAGCAGAACAUGAUGUGACUGUGAAAUACUAUGGAAAAGCUUCUCAUGCUGCUGCUUACCCUUGGGAAGGAGUAAAUGCAUUAGAUGCUGCUGUUCUUGCAUACAACAAUCUGUCACUUUUAAGACAGCAAAUGAAACCAACAUGGAGAGUUCAUGGUGUAAUAAAGAAUGGAGGUGUGAAACCUAACAUCAUUCCUUCUUAUGCUGAAUUAGAAUUUUACUUGCGUGCUCCUUCAUUACGGGAACUUUCCAUCCUGACAGAAAAAGCAGAGAACUGUUUUAAAGCUGCAGCUCUGGCCACAGGGUGUGAAGUGGAGUUAAAAAGUGGUGCAAAUGAUUACUUUAAUGUGCUUCCUAACAAGAGCCUGGAAAAAGCUUACAUAGAGAAUGGCAAGAAGCUUGGCAUGGAUUUCAUCCCAGACGAUAACUUGAACGGGCUGUCAGGUUCUACUGACUUCGGAAAUGUUACCUUUGUGAUUCCUGGGAUUCAUCCCUAUUUUUAUAUUGGCUCUGAUGCACUGAACCAUACUGAGCAGUACACAACAGCUGCAGGAUCAGAAGAAGCUCAGUUCUAUGCCUUGCGGACAGCUAAAGCUUUGGCAAUGACAGCCUUAGAUGUUAUUUUCAAGCCAGAUGUGCUGGAGAAAGUCAGAGAAGACUUCAGAAUAGUGAGACUGAAAGAGGAAGUACACUUGAAUAUGCCUGAACAUGGAAAAGGAUCUGGCCUUGGUAUUGGAGCAGCAUGUGCAUCACGUUGAAAAAGCACAGCAUGUUACAGAUUUAUACUCAUAAGAAAGUCCAGAAUUGCUCUACUUGUAUUCUAGGGAAUGUUGAAUAGCUGGAGAGAUGCUGAUGUUUUGAGUGAUGCAACUAAGCAACCUCAACGUACAUUGAAAUUAUUAUUAUUAUUAUUAUUAUUGUCUAAUAUUAAUAUCAUAUAGUUCUCUUAAUUUGGCUGGCAAAGUUACAUGAUUUCUCUGCAGUGAUUGAAAAUGUGCUGAAUAUCUUAGAUUUGCAAACUUUUGCAAGAUAAUUUUUGAAUUGCUAGUAUGAUGGUUAAGAAGGAAAGGUGGGUUAUCGUCAUAAUAACUGUUCUCUUUCAAAGGAACAGUGUGCGCUGUUGCAUGUUUAGCUUACUAUAUGCAAAACCAAAUGCAAUCAAUCAGGAUAAGCUGAUCAAUAUGUAUUUCACUUGAGCUUUGUUUUUGUUUUUGCAAAGUCCAUACCAAAGGUUAGGUGGUGGUGGUAGUAAAAUCUGCCCAGAUUAUCACAUUAGAAAUGGCUUCUGCUCUCAAAAUCUCAGUCUUGUGCAAACACAGCACAGGAAGCCUUGUGCUAUGCUGUUUAUUUUCUGGCAGAAUUACAUUUUUAAGACUAAUUCUUUCAUUCACUUCAUUAUAGUGGAUUGAUAGAGUUUAGAACUUGUUAUACUCCAAAUUUAUAUUUCUUUGAGAAGUAGAACUGCCCAGCUGCUACCCAGUACAGUGGGAGAGGCUUAUUUGGCCUUGAUGGCUACUUUUGGGCUUUCCAUUGGCAUCUAUGUACACCAGUUGCUGGGGAACAUGCUUAUUGGUUCCUGUUUAACAGCUCAUUGGCCACUGUGUGACCAGAGUGCGGGACUAGAUGGACCUUUGGUCUGAUCCAGCAUGGCUCUUCUUAUGACCCUAUCUGGUUAGCCUGUGUUAUACUUGCUAAUACUUGUAAGCUGCUUCAAUGCAACAUUCUUUUAAUUGAGCAAGAGUUCACUGACAUCACCCAAGUAGUGCAGUUCGUAGAGUGUAGUCGUUGCAGUCUAAGGGCACAUAUUAAAGUUUACCUAGUAUUUAUACAAUCAGUAAUAGACAAUAAUCUUGGUUCCACUUUCCAUCACUAAGGGUGAGCUUACUUGACUGGUUUUACAGGGAAAUAUUGCUGUGAGUUAAAAAUCAAUACUUCUGUGUUUGUGUUUUUACACCUAUGGUCCCAUGUGGUGACUGAUGGAACUAAAAAAACCUAUGAAUUUCUCAUGAUUGCAUGUUUCAUUACCAGGAUUGAAGGGUGGAAUACACUUAAGAACAUGUUUUCAUGGAAAACCAGAUCUUUCAUCUCAUGGCUGGCUUUCCUUGCUUAAAAAAAAGGUGUAUCUUAUCUUGCCCAUAUUGGAUUAAAACAUAAAUCAAUUCAAAUGUAUUAAUAUAAGUAGGUAUUUUGGAAAUUCUUAGCAUGAUGGGUUGUCUUCUAAUCAAGGUGAUCUUUGUAUUUGGCAUAUUGUAAUUCAUAUAACCAAAAUGAGACUUAAGCACAAUCCUAUGCAUACUCAGAAGUAAGUCCCAUUCAGUUCAGUGGGGCUUAUUCUCACGUGUAUACAGGAUUGCAGCCAUAAUUAUCUAAUACACUACUGCUUAAGUAUCUAGACUCUAGAGAAUGCAAAAGAAAACAUUCUAAUUUCCUGUCCUCUUAAGUAAGAUGUGACCUUUCAGCUGCUACAAUGUGUCAUAAAGAACAAUUUCAAGUCAGAACGAAAGAACUAGAAAAAGUAUAAUAUAGUCAGUUACAAGGCUAAUAGUGUUUAUGUGGAUCAGAGUGCAAUUGUAAAGCUUACAAAAAUUGUUCCAAGGUUUACAUGCACAUCACACUGUCUCAGAAUGAUAUUUAACAAUGAUAAAAGCAGUCAUACAUAGUAAAUAAAGUCAAUACAAUUGUCUUUUCAUUAUUGUCCAAAUUCACCUAAGAUAAUUUGGGUUGAAAAGACAGUUGUACUGACUUUACUCAUUAUGCAUGACUGCUUUUAUCUUCAUUAAAUAUUGUUCUGAGACUGUGUAAUGUGCAUGUAAACCUUGGAACAUUUUUUGUGAACUUACACUCUGAUCCACAUAAGCACUAGUUAGGCUUGUAAUUGGUUAUAUUUUUGUAGUCUGUUUCUUCUGGCUUGAAACUUCUGUUGAGGGUUCCCUACACAGCAUUUUGUGUUCUACGUUAUACAUAGUUCUUCGGUAUGCAUUCUCUUUGAGUGUCAAACGUUUGCAUUCUCAUCUCUAAGUUGGUCCAAUACAAAGGUAUCUUCAGUCCACAUUCCACUGAAAUCAAUAGUAAAACUUCUGCUGGUUUUAAUAGAUCCAUUUCACUGUUUUAUUAAUAACAAAUAGAUAAUGUCUUCUAGCAAGUUUAGCAGGGCUUAAUGUGUAUAAACUUCUGAUUGAAGCAAUUCAUACAUGCACAAAGGCAUGUAUAAAGAGAAAGGCAACUUUUUUAAAAAAAUCCCUCUCAUAACUAUUUUAAAGACUUUGCAUGAUGAGCCACAAAUUUGCAUGCUGGAAUGUUUUACAGCUUAUUAACACUAUUUAGCAUAUACUGGAAAACGAUGCUGGGGAUUUUUUAAAAAAUAAACUGCAGUAUUGAUUUUUUCCCCUACUGUUCUGAUGUGCUGCAAGAAAAGAUGCAGGGUUUUUUUUACCAUCCUAAAGCUGUUUUCCUAAAUAUUGUACUGUUCUGAUUUGCAUAGGUAUAGAAAAUGCAUGCAAAUAAAUCAUAUGCUGAUGUGUAUAUCUGUGAAAGCUUAAUGUAUAUAACUGAAUGAAAGUUAUACUUCAGUACUUUGCCUUAAGAGCUGCUCAACUCCC